UCCAAGUGUUCGGUUCGCGGUGCAAGCACGGAGUAGAAAAUAAAAAAAACCACCAGCCCCAUCCCCUCUCAAUAACAAGGCGAAAAUGAGGUUACCACGAGCGAGUCCCGGGCGCCUUUUCCGUCACGGUUAUGACAGCGUUAACGUUAUAAUAUAAAAAGUUAAAUUUUGAGGCUCAUCGAGUGUGUGUUGACAAAAUGAGUAUAUCACAGGACAGCGGAGCCGUCAUUGUCUGCAGGGAGGUCUUUGACGAGGCCUCCCACCCGUCGAACGAAGAGAUUCUCGACUACGCGAGGCGGGUGGGCAUCGACCCUGAAACGGAAUCUCAUCUCCUCGAUCUUGCCCGCGAAGGCUUGAUGGCUCCGUUGCCGAAAGGUUGGACCCCUUGUCUCGACGAGAAUACCGGAUCUUGGUAUUAUUAUCAAGCAAGCACUAAAACAACGACUUGGGAGCACCCGUUGGAUGCAAAAAAUCGCGCCCUGGUCGAGCGGGCAAGAGCUUCUGGAACGCGCCAACACAGUCUUGACGAUGACUCAAAAACAACGGCUAAAGAAUUGGACUCUCACGAGGAGGCGAGCUUGCCAAAAGAGUCAAAGUUGGCAGGAGGAAUGACGAAGAUACCAACAAAGUUGGCUCCUUUGAGAAAAUCGUCGCUGGAUUCGAUCGUGCGUCCAAAGAAGGAGGCGAGUUUAUCCCACCGUCGAGUUUCGAUCGAGCCAGCGAAGCCUGAAAACCCGAAUUGUUCUCUGAUGACCGAUCGAGCAUCGCGGGAUUACACGAAGGUAGUUUUUCAAGAUCCAAAAUUUUACGAAACCCCUCGACUGCUCGGGAGCCCUGAGAGGGAAAUGAGGCUGAAGGAAAUCGUGAAAAGAUCGGAGUCCAUGAGCCCCAGAUACGAGAAAGACUGGGAACAACUCUCGAGCAGGUUCAACAGCGAGGAAAAUGUAAUCGACAUUGACAAACUGAGCGCGAGCUCGCUCACAAGAUCCGAGACUAAAUCGAGCAUCGAAAGAUUCGACAAGGAAAAACAUCCGCGGAAUUUGAGCCAGCAGAAAGAAUUGACCCUCACCGGGGGCGGUUUUAUGUUUCUGAAGAGCAACAGAAGCCGCGACACGACGCCCUGCCAAGACUCGGGGAAAAUUGACGACUUUCAACGAGCCUCCACUCCCGGUGACAAUUUUCCAAUCACUCCGGGAGAGAGACCCAAGUCGAUACUGCGCGAAAAACCACCAGAAAUUGUUACAGAAGAGAAAGCAACGACCGAUGAGGAACGUAAGAGCGUGCGUUUCGACCUUGAGAAACCACCGGACGACAUUAAAUUUACGUUCACAAGUUUCGAUGACGAGAACGACGACGAGGAGAAAAAGAUCGGGGCUAGCGAAGAGAAAGAAGGAAACGAGGAUAAUUCAGACUCUGAAUCGGUUGGCUCGGUCAAUUAUCGAUUACGAAAGAGCGAGCCCCUCAAUCAAAGUCUUCGGAGGGUGGAAUCUCAGCCUCGAAUAGGCCCGAUCGUUGGUAAGCGUGCGGCGAAUGCUUGGCUCAUGGAUUUGGACUCGAUGGUCCGGGAAUAUGGGGCCGAGGGCAAGAGUAACGAGCUGGAAGAAUCGAUCAACUCGAAGGAAGAAAAGCCAGCGGUGGAGGUCAAAUUGGACGCGGAAUCGGAAGCUGAAGAGCGAACGACCAGCCUCAAAGAGGAAGAGAGCGAAGGAAGGGAAAACUUGAUGUCCGACGGUGAUGGCAACGUUGAGAAAAAAAAUGGGGCAGAAGGAGAUGAGAAUGAGAAAAAUCAGGACGAAGCAACUUCGAAGCCCACGAAAAUCAUCGGUCGACGAUUCCUCGUUGAAAACGUUUCGGAAAAAGAGCAUUUGAGCCAAUUGUCGAAUAACGACUCCACCGACGUGGAUCAAGAUUAUUUGCCAAAAAAUAAAUUCAGCAAUAUUCGUAACAUUGAUAUUUAUUCCAAGAGCGAAAGUGAGAGCAGGAGUAGCAAUCAGGACGAGAGUAAGUCGAGUAUGUUGGAUGACAUUAGACGAAACAAAGAAAUUAUGUUGGAGAAUAUGAAACGCACCGAUCAGCGAGCAAAAAAGGACGAGCAGCGUGAGCGAGAGCAGGUUUACCAAAUGAUCAAACUGCGACAAGAUCUCGAAACGGUCAGCCAGGAACAGCAGAGGGGUCGAACGUCGUCGAGGUCAAACUCGAACGAGGUCAAAUCGGUGAUGCACAAACAGCACGAUCGUGAAUUGUUGUCGUACAAGAGGGAAUUGGAGGUGAGUUUGGCUCAUUCGAAACGACAGAUGGAGGAAAAUUUUGCCAUCGAGCGAGCCAAAUUCGAGGCUGAAAUGGAAAAACGAAUGGAAGAAUUGAGGAUUGAGCUGGGGAAAAAAGAAAAACAGGAGAUUGAGACGUUGAUCGCUGAAAUGGAUCAACUGAGGAAAGAAAACUUGAAGAAAGUUCGAAACGAGCUUGAAAUUUGCUACGAAAAGGAGAGACAAGAUAUUCUCGAAAACCUCAAAAUCGAACUUGAUCAAAGAAAGAGAGAAUUGCUGGAGCUGCGCAAUCAAGAAAUGGACAAAUUGCUCCACGAGCAUGAGAACAGCAUGGCGGAGGAAAAAGCUCUGAAACUUGCCGAGCUCGAAAUAAACAAACAACAGAAUGAGAAAAUCGAGGAAAUGAAGAAACAACUGGAAAAAGAAUUUGAUGACUUGAGAAACGAUCUGAGAACGCGACAGAGAGAAAAAAUUAUGAAGAUUACCGAGGACCAUGAAAAGUGCCUGGCAGAAAUUCUCAGGGAUUUCCGCAUGGACGAGAGCUUAGCGAGAAAAGUCUACAAACAGAGGCUGGAGGAAAUACGAUCAGACUUUUCCCGAGACACUGAGAAGGAAGCGAAAAAACAAGCGGAGCGAGUCAAUCGCCAGGAAACAGUUGAUUUCGAGAAAAUACGAUGCGAGAAGAGGCUGCUCGAGGACAAAUACAAAACUCUCAAGGACAAAUAUUCAAAAUUGAAAAACGACGUGAGAUUAGCCGUCGAGAGAAGAAGCAAGAGGAAGGAGGGGAAUGCGACGACUUCCGAAACCGAGAAAUCGACAUCAGUGAGGACGAGAACCGAUCGAACCGACUCGUCCGAUCAAAAGGCAUCGCCCACGAAUACACGCUCGAGCUCGAUCGUCAAUAACGCAGGAUAUCCAAGGGCCCAAAAACCAGGUUUCCAGCAGCAGCAGCAGCAGCAGCAACAGCAGCAGCCUGACUCAUCCAAUCCGAACAAAUCGCAGGCCGAAGAUUCAGAGUGCGGAGGGCGAUCAUCGACGGGAGGAUUUUCACGAGCAGCCAACCUAACAGCCGGGGAUUGUUCUUCAAGGUCAUCAGCAAAGUUUGAAUCGGAUGACGCGACGACAGCGAGUGAGACGGUCAAUUCGAACAUAUUGAAAAAUAAGAGAAAAUCCUUCGCCCGCAGAUCUUCGAGUUCGGUCAAACAAUCCCAAAACAACAAUAACAGUAGCACCAGCAACAACAACAAUAACAACAGCAGCAACGCCGCCAACGGGACGGAAAAUCCGGUGGAGAACAUUCGCAAACAGUUGGAGAAACUCGAGGAUCUUGGUGAUCAAUUGCCGAGUACCGAGACAGCUUACACUCUGCGCUAUCCGUUCCAGGACAAAACUCCUCCGAACACGUCCUCCGAACUGGAAUUCUUCAGACAUAGAAUCCACGUCGAAAGGGACUCGGUCAAAAGAGCCAGGGAAGCUCUCAGGGUCCAGCGAAGUGCGUUUCAGAGUCGUCAGAGAGCGUGGAAGCAAAAGAGCGUCAGAGCAACGCUGGAGCAGCUUGUCCAAGAGGAACGCGAACUCUCAGACAUGGAAGUGAGCCUUCAUCGAACGAGGAGUCUUCUAGGCGAGAAAGUCAUUUAUCUCCGACACUUGGAACAAUCCCUGGAAAGGGUUGCGAACACCAAGCGAAACGAGACCGAGUCAGUGCCCUUGAAAAGCGACGAGAUGACAUUGAGCGACAUGUCCAGUGCCAGCAGCGGUUUCAGCUCCACUGACCUUGCUAGUGACACUUUCAUCGGCAACAAACCGGAUCAUUAUCAAGAAUCUACAGAAAUAAUAGCCAGUUUGGAAAAUCUCAAUUCUGAGAUUCGCGAGAUUUGGGGCGUUCUCAACAAACGCCAGGACAACAAUAUUCCCCCACCGCCCACGCUCAUGUACUCGGAUCUUGGAUGGCUUCCUUUUCAACAUUUGACCACCCAAUCGAACAAUGUGCAGGGAUUCGGGACACCGAAUAUCCAGUCGAACAUUUUGUCCCAACUGACCGCGUCUCAUCCACCGACAACAACGACUCAGAAUAUAAUAGCUCAGUACGGUCCGACGAGUGGUUUCACCACGAGCGUUGGUACGGUCGAGCGUGGUGGAGCAUCGAGUUUAAUCGAGAGAACGAGGCACAUGAGGGAUUGGUUGAGGCAGGCGAGGAUCGAGACCACGGACCCGAUGAGUCCUGGUCAAGCGACUCUCUAAGCGAUAUUCAGUUAGCCAUUUAGUUAUCUCUCAACUAUCGAAACGUGCUAUUCCUGGGAAGGAAUUAUUGCAGAAGUUUCCACUUCGAUGCUAUCGAGAAAUACUGAGGCAUCUGGCACUGAAGAAGCAACAAUCAACAAUUGGUCGAAACUUUUUUUAUUUUACAUUUUAAUUAUUCUCACUAUUGGCCCGAAUAUGCGAUCAGAUCGAGCGUGUAUUUUACCCCCGUAAACACCCACUUCGUACUCAAAUAAUUAUUAAAUAUUUAUCAACCCGGACACAAGUCCGAUAAUUGGUCAACGAAUCAGGGAUCAGGUCAACCUUCGAAUGACUGUAUUUUUCAACUUAUCAUUAAUUCUCCAACGUCGUCAAACAAACUCAAUUGAGCAUUGUCAUUGCGACACCGUCGUCGAACGAUCGUUCCCCGAUGCCUUAUCCCUGUUGUAAAUAAUCGAGUACUCGAAAAAGCCUUCGGUCCAUUCGAAGACCCAUCGAGAACGAAGAAAAACUUGUUUCAAGAGACUUUUAUUCAAAUCUGUGUACAACUUUUCCAUUCGUUUUUCUUACCAUUCAAUUGUAUCAUAUUUAACCACUACUACGGACUGUAUUAUAAAAUGUACGUUUUAUGAGCAUACGUACGAAGAUUGAUUUAAAGAAAAGACUUCGACAAAAUCAGUCGUUUAAAUGCUCUCGGACUGCGUUGAGUGCAGUUGGAAAAAGCAAUCGAAAUUUCAACAGAAUUUAACACUAGGAGGCAAGAUUGAAACACUUUUUUUUCUACUGCAGACUUGAUUAUUUUUUCGAAACCUUUUCGAGCCCCGCUUUAUUUCAUAUACACGUGUAAAUACAUAGAAAUAUUUGCAGAUUAUUUAUAGAGAACGUCGUCGGGUCUCGAUUAUUCCUCAGGUUCGUCGCACGAUUAUACAAAUGAACAUUUAUAUGUACAAUUAUAUACGUGUACAUUUCGAUUGCCAAAAAUUUAACGAUUACAAUAAGAAGAUACAGGUCGAUAUGUAUGAUAACGAAAACUGGAAAAGAUAAAAGAUUACGAAUUUGCCAAAUCUCAUCGAAAUAAUAAUAUCUCAUUGCGUACUCAUUGUUUAAUGGAGAGUAAAAAGCUGAAGAAUCAUUGUAGAUAAGAGAAUCCUCUUUUAGCUGUAAGAGAAACUAUCGAGUCAGCCAAUAAGAAUAAUUUGAAAUUUCACGAUUUUCAUUAGAAGACCAGUAGUGAACCGUCCUUUAGAUUAUAAAAAAAUAUGAUUACUCUAGUCACUAGUCUCGAGCCCAAUGAAAUCGAAUGUACGUCAUCCCACUCAAUGAAUUCGCACCUAAUCAAUCGAGUUAUUACAUUUUAAUCGCUACUACCAAAAGUAAGAACAAAUAAUCAAAAUUUUUUGAAAUAUUUCUCUAGUCUGUUCUGUGCUGAUCGAGCCAAUGAUAAGAUUGCAAUCUAUGAUCCGGUCAUAGCUUUUUAUUGCAAAGGUGCGCGACAGUCAGAUCUUUGAAAAUGAAUUGUUGUUCGGUUUAAUCGUUUUUCACACCUUUAUUUUUUAUAUUUCGCAUUUAUGUUUGUCGAAUAAAGUGAAAUUGUUUUGUUUUAAA